AAACUCAGCAAUGCGCCAUGAUAUAUCGAACCUUUGAACCAUAACUACAAAUAACCUACAUCUUUUAUCAAUUGAAGUGAAGAGUGAUUAAUUUACAAUUAUAGUAUUAGGAAGUGAUAUUUACCUUCAGUCUAACUGUGAACCGGCAUGUUCUCGUUUUAUUAUUCAAGGCAAUUUUUUCCAAAUCUUGUCUUGUUAUAAAAAAAUCCAGAUACUGGCAGAGACGAGCUAUGUCCGGAGGCCGGCAGAUUGCGUUAUUCUUGACCUUAAAGAAAAGCUAACAAUGUUACCGACUGGUUUAUGCAUUCACAUGUGCUGUCAGGCAAAUGUAUGAGUAGUGAAUGGGUUUCAGUGUGUUUUAAAAUGGCUGAUGCCAAUGAGAAGUCAUUGCUAGAACUCCUGAAAAAGCCUGGAAAUAACGAGUGUGCUGAUUGUGGGAUCAAAAAUCCAGAAUGGGCAUCGUACAAUAUUGGAAUAUUUCUGUGCACGAGGUGUGCUGGUGUUCAUCGUUCCAUGGGUGCGCACAUAUCAAAAGUCAAGCACUUAAAAUUGGACAGGUGGGAGGACUCACAGGUGACAAGGGUCAGGGAAGUAGGAAAUACUGCUGCAAAACUGUAUUACGAAGCAAGAGUACCACCUUGUUAUCGCCGGCCAGACGAGGAAGCACCGCAGGUUCUCGUGGAGCAAUGGAUUCGAGCGAAAUAUCAACGUGAAGAGUUCUGUCACGCAGACAAACAAAACCAGUACGUCUCAGGAUCCAUGGAAGGAUUCCUAAUGAAACGUGGCAAGGAAGAUGCCCGUUAUCAGCCUAGAAAGUUUAUUCUCUCUGAAGCCGACGAUACCUUGAAGUACCACGUUAAAGAGCAUAAAGAACCAAAGGCUGUACUGAGGAUAUCGGAGUUAAACGUAGCCUUUGCACCACUGAAAAUCGGCCACCAAAACAGUCUUCAAUUAUCAUUUAUGAAAGAUGGAUCGACUAGGCAUAUCUACGUUUAUCACGAGGAGGCGGAAGUAAUAACGAAUUGGUAUCUCGCAAUAAGGUGUGCCAAACUUCACAGGCUUCAGGUGGCUUAUCCAGGUGCAUCGGAAAACGAGUUGCUGACACAAUUGACCCGAGAUUUUCCUAAGGAAGGAUUUUUAUGGAAAACUGGCCCAAGACAAUCAGACGGUUAUAAGAAACGAUGGUUCACGUUAGAUGAGAGAAAACUUAUGUAUCACGACGACCCUAUGGACGCACAUCCAAAAGGGGAGAUAUUUAUUGGUCACAGUUCUGAGGGCUUUGCCCUCAAGAUGGGAGUUCCAGCAGGUGCUAAAGACCAAGGUUUUUCUUUUACGCUGGAAACUCCGGACAGAGGUUUCCUAUUAUCAGCUCAGAGUGAGGAUGAUCGAACCCAAUGGAUGGCCGUGAUACAAAAAGUCAUCGACAAGCCUCUAACACCUCAAGACGCAACCGUGGCGGCAAGAUUAGUCAGAAAACGCACAGCAAGUGGAACAAUGAACAUAUUCUCAACGAGAUAGGGUUGGAUAACUAUUAGAAAAUUAUCACAAUAUUUCCACUGAAAGAACAGCUCAUCAGAUAGGUGAAAAAGAAAUUUAGGUAAAUUGUACAUUAAUAUGGAGGUUUCAGGGCCGUGAAACAUUAGGGGGAAAGAAUUAGUGAGUUUAAUUGCGCACAAACACCGUCGAGUGGUUAUAAUAUCGCACGAAGUUCAUCUUUUAUACGUGAAUGGUCUUCACGUAGGUAAAGAAAUGAAAUUAUUGAAGACUGGGCAUACAAUUUGGCAAACGACUCCCUCAAUUAUUCCUCUUAUCGGUUAUUUCCUCAGAGAUCUAUCGAUUAUACGUCGUUUGCCAAGAACUACUCCUCUAUUGGUAAAUAAUCAAAUUAUUUUUACGAAUGAAAAAUAGCUUUGACAUGAAUAAAUGAUAAUAUUGAGACAAUUUAUAACCGCUGUUUCUAUCAAAUGAAAACAUGCGAUAUUGGACAUCACUCCUAGGUUAGACUGAAUAAAUUGAAUUAAUUACAACGAUUGUAUUGUGAGUAAUGAAGCUCUCCUUAUGAUAUUGGACGUAUGAUUUGUUUUAAGCCUUGAAGCAAAGGAUAGCUAUUCUCAAAAGUGAUACACGUCCACAUUUCCAAUACAAUCGUCUGUUGUACUUGCGUAAAAAGGCGCCCCUUAGAGGACUUCUAUUUGAGUUCUAAAAGCGUUUAAACGUACUGCGAAACUGAAUGGUUGCCUCGCAAGAAGUGAUAAAAAACAUUCGAUAAGUUCUCGAGUAAUGUGAUUGAAUUAUAAAUGAAACAUGUGGUGAUUAAUUUUAUAGAUAGCCAAGUUGAAUUUCCAAAUGGUAAUAGUUUUUCUAUUCGAUGAUUCAAUUUAAUAAAGAAAAAAUCAAUCAAGCUUCAUCGACUGAUAACAAUUGCUGCUAUGAGUCUGUGCAUGAGGCACUAUUGUGGAAUACAAAGUGAUAAUUGAAAAACUUAAGGAUUGUGAUCAUUUCGUUUUCGAUAAUGUGUAUACAUAGGAUCAAUUAUCCUGUUUCCACAUUAAAUUACUUUUUUAAGAAAAUAUAUAUUUCUAAAUCCAAAGAAAAUCGUUACUAUUUUAAAUGCUUGACGAAAGUACGACGAAGGGAAAGAGAAAUUUGAGCAUCACGAAUUAUUGGUGAUUUAAUUUUUUUAUAUCUUGACGACAUAUUUAUCACUAUUGAAAACGAGUUAACUAAUUGUACAAUAAUUAUCACUUAUUGAAAAAAAUCAUAUUUGAGAACUUCUCUGUGAAAUUUUCUUUUCUAGUUAGAAUGACUUGAUCAUCAUGAACAGUAUUCAAAACGUCGGUGAUGUACCACGUAUACCAAAUAUCAAUCAUUAUGUGCAUUUGAUGAAAUCAAUGAAUGCGUACUUGCAUAUGAAUCCGAAAAUGGAAUAAAACAUGUGAAUGUCAUUAUUAAUAAAGAAAAUUGUUUUAUCAUUGAAAGAA